AUGAAGGUGACCGGCCUGGUUCCGAAGCGCACUCUCUCUCGUUUCCGUGAAGACCUACCUGACUUUCUCAAGUCUCCUCCAGUGUCGCGCAUUCAGUCGCCGGAGGUGCAAGAAGCAGUGUCUCCUAUUCAGGCGCAGAUGGUUACACAAGGAGCGGUCUACAGCUCCUCGCCCACUCGGAACUCUAGCUUUGUCAACAACAGUGGAGACGACGAGUCGAUUAUCCUGAUGCCGACCGGCUUUCACGAGGCCCCGCAACAGCCGCCGUCGUUUGACAGCACGAGCAUGGGCAACAACAGCACGACCAACGGAACGCGGGACACCCCGACGUCGUGGCUCCAAAUGGAGGAGACCGAGCCGUCGCCAGAGCCGCAGCAGUCACUAUCCCUAGCGUCAAUCGACUCCGAGGGCUCUUGGCUGUCGGGCCGCACGGCGUCACGCCGCCGGGUGUCACAGAUGCAGCCAUCGCUGGACAGUGUCUCGCACUCGUUCCAAAAGACAGCAACCCACCAACAUCAUCGCGAGCGGUCGUGGCCUUCAAACGGGAGCACACAUGGCCAGCAGCCUGCCGUGUCGCCGACCGAAGCCGAAUUGGUCUCUUCUGCACACGGCACCAUGGCCGUGUCUUGUGCUCAGCACAUGGACGACGACGAGUCGAGCAUCGUGCUGGAUGACGAGUAUCUCAGCCGUCUUGCUCACAGCUCAACCGGUGGUGGGUCGCGGGCUAUUAUGCAGAGAGAGUCGACGGGCGAUAUGCUUCCGUCUAGCGACGACGAGCUCGAUACCGUCAAUGGCGACGGUGUUGAUCCACGCUGGGGUUCCGUUAACGAAAAACGGGUUGAUGCUGCUUUUGUGAUGUCACACCGUGCCAAUCUAAUCCAGAGCCGCGAGGUUCUGAUGACUUCGUUCUCCGAUGGCGAAAAGGGCAUGGACCGGUCCGAGAACCCCGUUGACAGUCCCAUCAGCCCUGUGAGCAUGGCAAGCCCCAUCAGCCAAACAAGCAGCGAGUUUAAAGAGGAAGAGGCUGGCUUGCAGCGCGCUACAAGCGUAAAUCUUGGACGAGGCCAUGCUCGCCAUAUCAGCGCCGGCAGUGCCAAACUGCUGGAGAUCACGCCGUCGCCGCGGAACUCGGUCGACGCCAAGGCCGGCCGGUCGCGUGAACCAUUGUUCUAG